CGAGAGGGCCGGGAUCACCACGUACGCGGCGCGCCCCGCCCCUCACGCCUAAGUUCUCGCGCGAGUUGCGCUUCCGCCCUUUCGGCUCUCUGACCAGCACCAUGGCGGUCGGCAAGAACAAGCGCCUUACCAAAGGCGGUAAAAAGGGAGCCAAGAAGAAAGUGGUUGAUCCAUUUUCUAAGAAAGAUUGGUAUGAUGUGAAAGCGCCGGCCAUGUUCAAUAUAAGGAAUAUUGGGAAAACACUAGUCACGAGGACUCAAGGAACCAAAAUCGCAUCUGAUGGCCUCAAGGGUCGGGUGUUUGAAGUGAGCCUCGCCGAUCUGCAGAAUGAUGAAGUCGCAUUCAGAAAGUUCAAGCUCAUUACUGAGGAUGUUCAGGGCAAGAACUGUCUGACCAACUUCCAUGGCAUGGAUCUCACCCGAGACAAAAUGUGCUCCAUGGUCAAAAAGUGGCAGACCAUGAUUGAAGCUCAUGUUGAUGUCAAGACUACAGAUGGUUAUUUGCUUCGUCUGUUCUGUGUUGGUUUUACUAAAAAACGCAACAAUCAAAUCCGCAAGACCUCCUAUGCCCAGCAUCAGCAGGUGCGCCAGAUCCGGAAGAAGAUGAUGGAGAUCAUGACCAGAGAGGUGCAGACAAAUGACUUGAAAGAAGUAGUUAAUAAAUUGAUUCCAGACAGCAUUGGCAAAGACAUAGAAAAGGCCUGCCAGUCUAUUUAUCCACUGCAUGAUGUCUUCGUUAGAAAAGUAAAAAUGCUGAAGAAGCCCAAGUUUGAAUUGGGAAAACUCAUGGAGCUUCAUGGUGAAGGUGGUAGUUCUGGAAAAGCUACUGGGGACGAGACUGGUGCUAAAGUCGAGCGAGCUGAUGGAUAUGAACCACCAGUCCAAGAAUCUGUUUAAAACUCAGAGUUUUAAUAGUGACAAAUAAAAGGCCUAUUUGUGA